AUGAGUCUCAAGAAAUCAGAAACCAAGAAGCCUAGUGAGAAUGAUCGCUAUGACGAUAUAGAUAUAGAUACGCAUGAGCUACGAGCACAUGCUAUUAAAAGUGAGAUUGCUAAUCAUGGUCCACCCCGAUCUUCGACUAAGGCCGAAAGUAUUUCUAAUUUGAACAAAAGACUGCUCUACUACUUAUUAGCUGGUGUUUUCAUCAUUAGUUUGGUUGGACUAGCUGUGGCCUGGAAUAUACAGAUGAAGAGUAUGCCUGAACUUCAAAAUGAAAGUCUCACUAAGCUCCUUUUGAAUCUGGUGAUUGGCUUUUUCUGGAACGAAGGGUUUGGAGUAGCCGCACUUUGGAUGCUUUUUUUGGGCGGUUCAACCGUUAUUUUAACUUACCUCUCCGAUCUAGCUUAUCGGCAUCGAGUACGUCUCUACUUGGGUCUAGCUUAUGUUUUACAAGCGACUUUGCUUAUGGUGGCCACUGGAAUAAUUGCUGGUGUGAUUAUCAACAACUUUUAUUUGGCACCAAGCGGUAAUUGGAGUUCACUUCAGGUGGGAAUUGUAGCUGGAUCCGUUAUCUGUUCCGGAAUUGUCUCGGUCUUGGUUUCUUGGGCUGGUGUAGCUAGACAUUUUGGUGCAGCUAAAAGCGCAAUUGAUGUAGAUCUACCGAUGAUUAGAGGCCUUAAUAAGAAAGGAGUUCCCUACUACGAAAGCAUUUACAACAUAGUUCAGGAAUCUCCUCCGCCCACCAAUCCAAGAAUAACUUCUGAAAGUCUCAUUCAAGGCACACUGGCCCUCUAUGCCACGGAUCCAGAGAAAGCCGAUAGCAUUUUAGAUGAACUAAAGAAAAGCAACCCAAAAUUAGGCGGGGCCUUAUCAGAUCUUGUUAAAUCCCAGGACAAAUUGACUAUUAGUGAUAAGACACCCUUAAUAUCCAACCAUAAACGCCCGGUAAGCAGCACUCUGAGCAAUAAGAUCAAAAAAGCCUUUCGGGAAUCCAAUCUAGUCUAUCUCCAUGAUCUAGAUCUGGCUCUCCAAGAACAUGUAUCUGACUAUAAUGCAGGUGAAUCAAAGGGCACAGCAACCGGCCUUACACAUGCAGAGCAAGUAGCUAGAGGUGCCCGUCGCAUGCGUUUGGUCUUCCCCUGGAUCCUUGGGCUUUGGGUAGCCGGUAUUUCUCUUGCUGCCGGCUCAGUUCUUUUCAUGGACUCCUUCACCGACAUCAAAGCAUUCGCUACUUUGUCCAAAGCUGUUUAUAAUCCUGCGACGGGCUUCAGCGGUUCCGGCGCCGCCCUGGGCAUCUUUACCAUUAUAUGUUCUAUUUGGACGUACCUUACUACUAUGAAGUUCUUUUCUUUCUUCCUAGGAUCGAUAGUUGGUGAGUUCAAAUCUGGCCGUAGUUUUGGCAUGUGCUUAGUCGAGUCAUUCCGGAAAGUACUCGUUAAUGCCGCUAGAUUAAUUGGUGGAGGAUUUCUUCGAACUGUCUUAGCAAUGUUUACCCUACUUAGUUACUUGAUCUUUUACAUUCCCGUCGGUUUGGUUAAACGAAUAUCUGGCAAGGAGCCUCUCAUACCAAAUCUAUCUCUAAAUGUUAUUCUGGCCAAAUUCUAUAUUCUUAUAUCAACGAUGUUCUUAGCAGAUUCUCUCUUCCGAGCUUUCUCUAUUGGAAUGCUCCCACUCGACGGCACUACUUAUCAAGACAAAGAAGACUAUUUGGCUAGUCAACCAUCCUAUUGGUUUAGUCGCAAUGUCUUCUUUGCCCUGGCUAUUAUUUGUCUUAUCGCUAUCUUAUUCUAUCUUCUCUACUACUUCUCCGAAAGCAAUUCUAAUGUCUCCAACACAACCCAAGCCGGCGCAGUAGCCAGCAACAUUGACCGCGAAUCGGUCAAACAAAACAUUAUAACUAUUAUGCGCGUAUUCUUUACUGCUUUCAUAUUCGUCGGUCUUAUCAUUCCAGCUGUCAUUGUCAGUUUCUCUGCUCGGCGCAAUCUAUCAGAUUACACUGCCGGGAACAAGUUCCAUUGUCCUGACUCCGCAGCCGCCAAUGUCCCCCAGGCAGGCGCCAAUUAG